UUCUGCUCCUACUCCUUGUCACUAACCUCUUCAAAGCGGGCCAAAAACAUCCUGAUGAGAUUUUAGCUCGCAUUCCACAUCAUCCUAUACUAUCCACUCCUAUCUUUCAUCCCGAUCAUGUUUUCCUCCAACCCAGAUAACAAACCCCCGCGCACUCACCCAACCCGCCAAGAGAUGGACGAAAUCGCGAAGUCAUUAAUCGGCAAACCGGCGCCUCCGAUGCCAACUGUCCUACCGGACUUGAUUUCGAUUGAUGGGCAUCAGUUUCCGAUUAAUCGGGAGGGAGUUCCGCAGGCUAUCACUGAUAAGCUGGAGGAUAUUUUGGAGAUGGGUGGGACGUAUGAGCAGAUUCCGCCUGAGGUAUUGGAGUAUGAGCUGAAAGGGGAUGACUAUGUGCGGGAUGAGGAGGAGGGGGGUGGAGAUGGGGGUUCUGCGAGGGAUGGGAAGUGAGAAAUAGUAGGGGUGGGUUUAUUUGGAUGGCGGACCGCAGACAAUUUCAUGAAAUGUCUUUUCCUCAAGUUAAACCACUGCCACAUAUGCUUUAUGUAAAGAAGUAUAUGCGCCUCUAGUUCUAAGCUUCCCACUGAUAUCAUUUUAUAGAACCAGGAAGUGAAAAUAUGUUAAUAAU